AAUUAUUAUUACAAUUUUAAUUUGCCCUUUCUUUAUUAUUUUGAAACCAGUACUCCUUUUCUUUUCUUUGUCUAAUCACAAUAAUACUAAAACAUAAAAUUAUUAAGAGCCAAAUUCAUACUAGCUUAAUUUUGUGUGAAGGGACACUUUGUAAUGUGUGUAGAAAAUGAUGUAAGGAGAAUAUUUAUUACACAUUUCUAUUGUCUGUUUCUUUUAUGUGUGUGCGCUAGUGAGUGUGGAGUGGCUGCAGUGAGGUGUGUGUGUGUGUGUGUGUGUAAGGUGAAUGCGCUCAGAGGGGAAAUGCUGCACAGUAACAGUCUCAGUGAAGUUGUGGACUUUGAUUGCUGCUGCCAUGCUCUACAGUAUGCUGCGUUCUUGCAUUGCUGGAUAACACAUCUGCUGCCCAUGUGAACCAUCUUCCACUUUGACCAAAGAUGAUUUCUUUGCCAAUCUUAGUCUUGCUCUCAGUGGUUGCAGCUGACAGAUCAGCCCUACAAACUCUCAGACAGUUAGAUGCACUGUAUCCUGAACUAGAGCACUCCAGGACCAUCUAUGUCGUAGAGAAUGGUCCUCGACUCUCUGUGUUGGCAGAGCCAUCCAAAGUGAUAACUAGACGAGGUGGGAAUGUUACUUUACCAUGUAAGAUACACAGAGAAGAAAGUCUUCGACCCAGUCGCAAGAUGAGGAUCAAAUGGACGAAGCUGACUUCUGACUAUCUCAAAGAGGUGGAUGUUUUUGUUUCCAUGGAUUUUCACAAAAGAAGUUAUGGACGUUUUCAUGGGCGUGUCCAUUUACUCAACACCUCUCCAUCAGACGCAUCGCUUGUCAUCACAGAAAUUUCCCUGGAGGAUUAUGGGAAAUAUAAAUGUGAAGUUAUUGAUGGUUUGGAGGAUGCAACAGCAGUAGUAGCUCUUGACCUAGAAGGUGUUGUUUUUCCCUACUUUCCUCGCCUUGGUCGCUACAACCUCAAUUACUACGAUGCAGAGCGGGCUUGCCGUGACCAGGAUGCCAUUGUGGCCUCAUUUGAUCAGCUUUAUGAUGCUUGGAGAGGAGGCAUGGACUGGUGCAAUGCUGGCUGGCUUAGUGAUGGCUCAGUACAGUAUCCCAUCACAACACCCAGAGAACCCUGUGGCGGAAGGAACACUGUACCAGGAGUACGCAACUAUGGAGUACGGGACAAAGAGAAGAACCACUAUGACGUUUUCUGCUUUACAUCCCACUACAAAGGUCGAUUCUACUACUUGAUCCAGCGUUCCAAACUUACUUAUGAUGAGGCAGUGCAAGCUUGCCAGAAGGAUGGUGCUCAGAUUGCCAAAGUGGGUCAUAUGUUUGCUGCGUGGAAGCUCCUUGGCUAUGACCGCUGUGAUGCAGGGUGGUUGGCUGAUGGCAGUGUGCGUUACCCUAUAUCCCACCCUCGGCGCAGCCCCACUGAGGCUGCCGUGCGCUUCAGUGGUUUCCCUGACAAAAAGCACAAGCUCUAUGGAGUGUACUGCUUCAAAGGCUCCAAUUGAGACAAGUGCAAACUAAAGAGAAAAGAAGAGACUAGGUGAAUAAUGAAGGCCAUAUAUGUCAUAGCAACUAAACUGUGAUGCCAAUUUCAUUGAAAUGUUGAAAAAUUGUGUUUCUGGUGCUUUAUAAUCUGAAAUUCUGAUGGAUAGUUUACACAUUCUAUUUAAGGUCUUAUUAUUUUAUCAAUGCCUUUGAAGUUUUGAAAGGUAGCAGUAACAUUCAUAUUAACUGUUACUGGUAAACAGACACAAGGAAGCCUUACAGAAACAAGUCUUAUGGUUGCACUAAAACUUGGCACUUAAUAGAACUGCAAGUACAACAAAGCCAUGAUUUUUAGCUGCUCACAACAUUGAAAGAAAGGGACCUGGUCCUACUGUCUGUGACAACAAGGUGCUACUAACUGGUACUUUGUUUUAAAUCCUCCUGUAUUUUAUUUUUAUUAUGGACCAAACAUUAAGAACAUAUUUUAACUGAUCGACAGGAUCUAGCUGUUGUGAAUACACCACACUAGCAUCCAUUACAUUGUUUAUUUCCUUUGAUACUAUUUUAAUGUAUAUCAACGUUGUUAUGUUCUCAUGGUGUCUCUAACAAGUGUUAUUUGUUUACUAAAACUAAACAAGUUUCACAGCCUAUAAAAUAUACAACCCCCCUUUUUUACAGCACAAAAAUAUUGAAGGGAAUAAAGGAAUCUUUAGAGUAGUGUUUAUGUAGUUUUAGUAGUUCUCAUUCAGCAAUACAACAUGCCUGGCAAUCGUAGGCUACGUAAAACCAAUGGUAAGAAUUGCUAAAACUUAGAUAAUAUGUAACACUGAAACUAGAUAUUUUUGGCUGCAUCUAUAGCCUUGUGCAUGAAAAAGCACACAGCAUAGACUCAAUCAACAAACUGCUAUUUUUGAUAAAAAUUUGUUUAUUUUAGUAAAAAACCAAAUGUAGCCUUAUACAGUUUGACAUGACUUUUUCUUAUAUACAGUCACUGUAAACAAAACAGAGAAAUACUAUUCAUGACCAUGCCUAGUAGAAGCUAUGACCUUAGCAAUGCAUAUUGUUUGUCUGCAGAAAGAAGCCACUCACAUUUACCAUGAUAAGAGAACUUCCUUUUUAGGCUAAUACUUAAAUAGUCCCAUCUGGCCCUGGUAAACUCUGAGGUCAUCCACUUUGGCUGUAUUGAUGUUUUCCUUGUCAUUAUCCUGGAAAAGCUAAGGAUCAGUCGAAUGAAGUGGUAAUGUUAUGGUCUUAUCAUUGAACAACCGCUUGAUAAGCUCAUGUAAAACAAUGACGCAAGAGAUAACAUUAUGAUUUAAUUAAACAAACUGCAAAAAUGCUUCUUUUACUAGAUCAUGUAACAAUUACUGGUUCAAAAAGAAUGCUUUUGUAUCAAAAAAACAUGUCUUGUGAGAACAAUAAAAUAAGCCAUGAUUAGG